GGUCUGUGAGGAAAUGUGAGUGCGUAAGUGUGUCUCUGUGUGGGAGGCAUCUUUUGUUCGCUCUACUGAGCUCUGGAUUUCUUGCUAUAUUUUAGAAGGGAGUUUAUCCUGGUUUGUUUUGAAAGACUGGACAAAAAAUUGUACUUUUUUAUUUUCUUUAUUAUUUUGUCCAAUGCAGGAGGAAGGGGGGAAGCUACGCUGUAAGACAUCCUGAGGGGUUUUGCCAAGGAAGGAUUUGGACCCUGCACUACACCCCCCUGCUUGACAGAAGAUUCUGGGCUGUUCUGGAUAAAGGCUGAUUCUCUGAAUGAGAUACAAAAACACAUUUAGGGUGAAAAGGAAUGUCGUGAGUAAAGGGUGAUCCCUAACAAGUGAACAUCAAAAAUGUCAUCCCACAGUAAUGGUGAUACCAAACCUCCAUGCCUGCCUCGAAAUGGAUUAGUGAAGAUUCCUACUCCACCUAACGGACUGGGUUCGGCUAGCAUUACCAAAGGGACCCCAGCAGCCAAACACCGAUUGUGCCAGUCCUCCUCAGUUCCAGCAAUUCUCACGCCAUCCUUGAUGAAUCUUAAUGAACCACCGAUUCCGGCUGUUUCAGUACCAGUUAUAACUCCACAAGGACUCUCACCUUCCAUCGCCCCACCCGCUGGAUUCACUACUGAUGAUGUCCUUGGCCAAACGUCCAUGAGGAUCCUGCCAGGUUCUAUUCUAGAGAGGCAGCUUGCUUUGGACGAAAAGAUUCUAAACCGUCUGUUUUGCUACUUUUCAGCUUGUGAGAAGUGUGUCCUUGCACAGGUCUGUAAAACAUGGCGUAGAGUUUUAUACCAACCAAAAUUCUGGGUGGGCUUAACUCCAGUUUUACACGCCAAAGAACUUUACAACAUCCUCCCAACUGGUGAGAAGGAAUUUGUGAGCCUACAAGGAUUUGCUGUCAGGGGCUUUGAUGCCUUCUGCUUGGUUGGAGUCUCAGAUCUUGACAUUUGUGAAUUCAUAGACAACUAUCCCCUCUCCAAGAAGGGAGUGAGGGCCGUCAGCCUGAAGAGGUCAACUAUUACUGAUGCAGGCUUGGAGGUAAUGCUGGAACAGAUGCAAGGCCUGACCUAUUUGGAACUGUCUGGCUGCAACGAUUUCACAGAAGCUGGUCUCUGGUCAAGUCUAAAUGCACGAAUUACUUCCUUGAGUGUCAGUGAUUGCAUUAAUGUAGCAGAUGAUGCCAUUGCAGCAAUCUCACAACUUCUACCUAACCUGACCGAGCUGACCCUGCAAGCCUAUCAUGUGACAGACACAGCUAUGGCCUACUUCACUGCCAAGCAGGGGUAUACUACACAUACUCUCCGCCUCAACUCCUGUUGGGAAAUUACCAAUCAUGGUGUGGUGAAUAUGGUGCACAGUUUGCCUAAUCUCACCAUUCUUAGUCUUUCCGGAUGCUCCAAGAUCACUGAUGAUGGUGUAGAACUGGUAGCCGAAAACUUGCGAAAGCUAAGGAGCCUAGACCUGUCCUGGUGCCCACGGAUCACAGAUAUGGCACUGGAGUAUGUUGCCUGUGACUUGCAUAAGUUGGAAGAACUGAUCCUGGACAGAUGCAUCCGUAUCACGGACACAGGCCUCAGUUACCUAUCUACAAUGUCCUCACUGCGAAGUCUUUAUUUGCGAUGGUGCUGUCAGGUGCAAGACUUUGGUCUGAAACAUCUUUUGGGUAUGAAGAGUUUACGGCUGCUGUCUCUUGCAGGUUGUCCUCUACUUACUACAACAGGGCUUUCUGGCCUUGUCCAGCUCCAAGACCUGGAAGAACUUGAACUGACCAACUGCCCUGGUGCAACAACAGAACUGUUCAAGUACUAUGCCCAGCACCUGCCGCAGUGUGUAGUCAUUGAAUAGCAGUGUACUGGCCAGCAUGUUGAGCCAUGUUUUCCAGUCCUAACUCCCAGCACUGACCAAUCAAUAAGACUACAUCUGGGGGAUAAGAAGAGAAAGAAAGAGAGAUGCGAGCAUGAGACAACACCUGUAGAAUUUGAAGAAGCAAAACAUGUAGAUCUCAGAAAUAAAGACAAAAAAAUGAACAAAAAGCUAAACAUGUCGCUUAGUUGUGACAUCAUUCCAUGUCCUGCAAAAGGUUUGUAAAUUUUCUCCACUGCUCAUCUCUCGUCUUUGUGGUGAUCUUUCUGAAAUAUAUCAUGUAUACUGGAGUUUCCAAAGCUUCUGAGCUUUCACUGGGCAUGUACAGCAUUAUAGGGUGGUCUUUAUUGUGUGACUGUCCUACACAGACUUCACACCUCCCAUUAUUCCAUGGUGGAUUUCUGUGUUGUGUUUGAACAUUCUGAGCCCAGGUGUUCCAUCCAAGUUGCUAUGGGGUGGGUAGGGUGGGAUAGAGGACUAUGAGCUCACAUUUUUCAACUUCUUUUUGUUUAUUUCUUUACUUUACUGUCCCUGAGAAUGAGAACGUGGUCUUGGUUCCUUGUCUAUCAAAAAUGAAAGUGGACAUGAUUACACUUGACCUUAAGAGAUCUUGGAAAAGCAUCAAAGAGUUUCAUUCUUAUGAAAAGUGAUUGUGUUUUCAGUCAGAUUUGAUAAUGUGACCAUCAUUUAGACACAAGCAUAAGCUUAAAGAAAAAAGGAACUAAGAAAUGCAUUUCCUGUUUAUGGACCUUUUCUUUGAAGUCCAAACAGCUAUUUCUGGUUUAAUACCUCCUUCUCAGAAAUCCUUAACAAGAGAAUCCUAAGCUGCCAAGGCGUUUUAACAUACUUCAGCCAACACCACAGAAGGCAAUCUCAUCUGGCUGUGAGCUUGUUUAUGGAACUGUGAACCUGUGCCAAGUGGCCAAAGCAAUAUUAUCACCUUCUCACUGCAGUUCAAAGGGGUGGCAGUUAGAGGUACAUUUCCGUGACAUAUGCCUUCCAUUCUUUCUACUGAAUUCAUAUGCCAUUGUCAGUACCAGGCAGUGCAGGGUGAAAGCAAUUGUUCAUCAUGAACUGCACACAUGCCAUCUGAGCACAUGUGUGAGUUAUCUUUGCCUGGUCCAAGUGGUCCAUCAUUUGUUAGAUUGCUGUAUGUAUGUGUAGUAAGAGAAAGAGAGAAAGGGAGUGGCAGCAACAGAGACAGAGAUAAACCAACCCUGACAAAAAGGAACACAUCACAUAUACAGAUGUGUGGAGAAUGGUGUAGGCCAGUAUUAUCAACUUUAGGUCCACACAUCGUUACAGAACUUAAUAAAAUAUGUUAUCGGAGGUUUGUAAAAGGAGGUGUGUGGAUAUACACAGACAAAUGCCAACACACACAAAACCAUGUGUAUAACAUAUGCAAACACACACACACACA